AUGGUUUUAACAGGACAUUAUGUUGAUGAUAAUUUUUAUCAAAAAGCAACUGUUUUGCAGUUUUCGACAUUUCCAAAAAGACAUUAUUCACCAAUAAUAGGUCAUGAAAUUGAAAAACAAUUAAAUGAAUUAAAAAUUUUUGAUAAAGUAUCAAGUAUCACGUGCGAUGGAGCACCUAAUAUGGUCGCCUUAUUCAAUUAUCUUACUCGACCAGAUAUAGAUCGUAUUCAAUGCAUAGCCCAUAAAAUUCAUUUAAUAGUUUGUAAUGGACUAGGUAUAUGGUUGAAACGAGUGGCUAUCAUUAAAGAAGAUACAACAACAAUUACUGAUGUUGACGAACAUUUAAGUCAAACAGUAAAAAAAAUCAAAAUUGAUGAAAAUGGCGAAGUUGAACAAUCAAAUGAUGAAGGUGAUGAUGAAGAUGAUGAUGAAGAUGAUGACGAAGAUGUUGAAGAACUUACUCAUGAAGAUGAUGAUAAAGAAUCAUCUUCAACAUCAACAGCAAUAGCAACAACAACAAAUAGUUCAACAGGUGAUUAUCAAGAUGAUGAUGACGAUCAUGAUGAUGAAGAAGAUGAUGAAGAUGAUGAUGAAGAUGAUUUCGACGACAACUUUCAAUCCGGUGUUUGUAUUGAUGAUGAUGUUGAAUUAUCUAUUGAAAUUAAUCGUGAAUUUUAUUCAUAUUUUGAUCCAAGAGGUUUAUCAAUGUUGAAAACAUCGGAAAUCACAUCCAUUGAACGUGAAAUUAAACAAAUAAUACACGAUAACAAUGUGCAACAAACAAAUACUCCUUAUACAACAACAGCAUCAUUAUCAAGUACACAAUCAACAAUAACACAUACAUCAUCUAUAGCCAAAAAAAAACAUUCAACAAAAAAGUCAACUCUUGAUGAAUUUUUGGAAUCUAUUGCUGAUCCUAUUGAUAACAACUUACGAGCAAAAAAACCAACAACAGUUAUAAGCUCAUUAAUUGAAGAAUUUCGUAGUUAUAAACUUUUAGCUGGUAGAUAUGUUGUGGAUGGAGAGAGUGAUUCUCUUCUCUUUUGGCGAACAAAUAAAAACAUUCUUCCAUUAUUAGCUACUUUGGCAAAAAAGUAUCUACCUGCACCUGCCUCGAGCGUUGCAUCUGAAUCGACGUUCAGUAUUUCUGCUAACUACGGACGAAAACAAAGAGCACGACUUUUAGCUAACAACCUUGCAAUGUCUGUUUAUUUACAUGAUAAACUCGGUACCGAUUAA